AUGCCCCCUCGGUUACGGUGUUCAAACUUUUCUACACCUGCCGCUCCAUCACAAGUCACUCAGUGCUUCGCUACACGGCCACAACCCGUCUCGAGUUCUUCACGGCAUUCGCGGCAAUUCUCACAGACACCAUGCCCACAAAUAACAUUGCGGCGGCGGAAGUUCUAUGAGUGGCUCAAUGGGCCUGGUCGGAACCUCAAGGAGCCUAUACCAGACUCGACAAACUACCUAGGAGCUUACGACAAGUAUGGCAAUCUAGUGCGUGCUGGCCCUGGGUGGAAAAGGGACGGGGGCGCAAAGGCUGCGGCCUCGACAAAGCCAGAGCAAGCCGGCAUAGAAGCCAAGGCAGAAGGGACCACAGAGGCGACUCCUGCAGGACAGGAGAACUUGGACGAUCUCGAAGCAGCAAUACAGUCUGGUGCAGCUGAACAAAAGGAAAACAAGAAGCCAAGUCCAAAGGAAGACGACAGUAAGCUUCCGCCUGAAACGGCAGAAGACUUACGGCCUUUCCCGCUCAAUCAGUACUUCCGCAGCCAGCCAGUGCUAAGCGAAGACCUGAGGGAAGCUAUUUGGCGGAGAGUUAAGAAAGACGGCGCCACAGUAUCCCUUGCCAGUGUCGAGUUCGGCGUCAGCAACGAGCGUGUCGGCGCGGUGGUGCGAUUGAAGCAAAUGGAGAAGGAGUGGGUUGCCCAGGGCAAAACACUUGCACUUCCCUACUCCAAGGCAGUGCUCUCCAUGCUUCCAACAACCCCCCACAUCGACCCCUCCCUCCCUCAGAACAGAAACGUACGGCCGAUUGUCCACGAGCCCAUCAAUGACCUGGCGGUACAUCCCGCAACACGUCAGCAGCUGUUCGUGCCUGUUGCCGAGUCACGGCGCUUCACUCGAGAAGAUGCUGGUAAGGCUUUUGACAACACGCUCUUGCCUGCCGAUGCUCGCAUUCCACACCCGGAACUUGUGCAGGCAGAACGCGAAGCUGAGAUGGGGCUUUCACUAGAAAAGCGCAGAAAGCUCGCAGAGCAGCGCUUUGAAUUAGAACAGGAAAAGAAGAAGAAGGAAGAGAAGCGAAAGGAAGAAGAGCUUAGGGCCAUGAAAGUGGUGCCUCAGCGGAGGUGGGAUUUCGUCUUCAAGGACGUCAGCGUAGAGGCUGCCGGCAGAGACGGAAGAGGAGCGGCUGCAGCUGGAUGGCGGUAUGGUGUGCCGCACCAGGACCGCAAGCGAGGCAUUCCCAAGAUUCCCACGCGGGUCGAGGCAUAG